GUAGUCUAUUAUUAUGUAUAAAGAGAUGAGCAUGAAACCAAUGUAAUCACACACACACACAUACAAAAAAAAAAAAAAAAGAGUUACCAUUACAAUUUCCAUUUUUCUCUGUUUCUUUUUCAUUAGCUUGAAGAAGGAUGAAAGACUCUUGGAACUCAACGAGUAUCAUUCCUUUAACUUUUUAUUCCCUCAUCUUCUUAUUCACUUUUAAUUUUCGAGAUGUGUUUGGGGUUCCUACUAAACACUUGUGUCGUCCCGAACAAAGGGAUGCACUUCUAGAGCUCAAGAAGGAGUUUGAGAUUAAGAAGCCUUGUUUCGACGACCUUCUUCCGAAGAAGACAGAGUCAUGGGCGAAUAACAGUGACUGUUGCUAUUGGGACGGUAUUACGUGCAAUGCCAAGUCCGGGGAAGUGAUCGAGCUAGACCUUACUCGUAGCUGCCUCCAAGGCCUGUUUCAUUCCAACACCAGUCUUUUUAGGGUUCAAAAUCUUCGUUUUCUAACCACUCUCGACCUUUCCUAUAAUUAUUUCAGUGGCCAAAUCCCGUCUUCUAUUGAAAACUUUUCUCAUCUUACCACUCUCGACCUCUCUAAAAAUUAUUUCAGUGGUUUCAUUCCUUCUUCAAUUGGAAAUCUUUCACAUCUCACUUUUCUAGACCUUUCUGGUAAUGAUUUCAUUGGUGAAAUGCCAUUUUUUGGCAGUUUGAACCAGUUGACCAACUUAAAUGUUGAUUCCAAUGAACUUAGUGGUAUCUUCCCCCUUUCCCUACUCAAUCUGAAAAAGCUUUCGGAUUUAUCACUCUCCCGCAAUCAGUUCACGGGCACCCUUCCUUCUAACAUGAGCUCACUCUCUAACUUGGAGUACUUUGAGGCAUGGGGCAACGGUUUUACUGGAACUCUACCUUCUUCUCUCUUCACUAUCCCGUCUUUGACCUCUAUUGAUUUGAGAAAUAACCAACUCAACGGCACUCUUGAGUUUGGGAAUAUAUCUUCACCAUCUACACUAACAGUGCUAGACAUUAGCAAUAACAACUUCAUAGGGCCAAUCCCGAACUCCAUUUCCAAAUUUAUAAACCUUCAGGACCUUGAUCUUUCUCAUCUCAAUACUCAAGGCCCAGUUGACUUUAGUAUCUUCAUGAAUCUCAAGUCGCUCCUACUUCUUAACCUAUCUCAUUUGAACACCACCACUACGAUUGACUUGAAUGGACUCUUUUCCUCGCAUCUCAACUCAAUCUAUUCAAUGGAUCUCUCAGGCAACCAUGUUUCAGCCACAACCAAAAGUUCAGUUGCAGAUCAUCAUCCUACGCAAUUGAUAAGCCAGUUGUUCUUGUCAGGAUGCGGCAUCACCGAGUUCCCGGAGCUCUUAAGAAGCCAGCACAAAUUGACGAAUCUAGACAUUUCCAACAACAAAAUCAAAGGUCAAGUGCCUGGCUGGCUAUGGACUCUACCAAAGUUGAUAUUCGUUGAUCUUUCCAGCAACACUUUUAGCGGUUUCGAAAGAUCAAUGGAACUUGGGCUACCCUUUAUCACCAGACCAUCUAUGCAGUACUUGGUUGGCUCCAAUAACAAUUUCACGGGAAAGAUUCCCUCUUUCAUAUGCGCUUUGCGCUCUCUAAUCACUCUUGAUUUAUCUGACAAUAACCUCAAUGGUUCCAUCCCUCAUUGUAUGGGAAAUCUUAAGAGUACUCUUUCAUUUCUAAACCUUCGUCCGAAUCGUCUUGGUGGAGGGUCUUCCAAGGAGUAUAAUCUUAAGGCAAACGAGGAUCGGUCUCAAGAAAAAUACAUGGGAGACUCUUUUCGAUAUUACCAUGAUUCAGUGGUUUUGAUGAAUAAAGGCUUAGUGAUGGAGCUGGUACGUAUCCUAAAAAUCUACACAGCUCUCGACUUUUCUGAAAACAAAUUUGAAGGAGAGAUUCCAAGAUCCAUCGGUCUAUUGAAAGAGCUUCAUGUUCUUAACUUCUCAAGCAAUACUUUCACCGGCCACAUCCCAUCAUCUAUGGGGAAUCUAAGAGAGCUCGAGUCACUGGACGUUUCUCAAAACAAGCUUUCAGGAGAAAUUCCACAAGAACUAGGGAACCUCUCUUUCCUUGCCUACAUGAACUUCUCUCACAACCAGCUUGGAGGUCUAGUACCAGGGGGAACUCAGUUUCGUAGGCAAAACUGCUCUUCUUUCAAGGACAACCCUGGACUUUAUGGCUCUUCACUUGAAGAAAUUUGUGUAGAUAUGCAUGCACCAGCACCACAACAACAUGAACCGCCAGAGUCAGAGGAAGAAGACAGAGAGAUGUUCAGUUGGAUAGCAGCUGCAAUAGGAUUCGGACCUGGUAUUGCCUUUGGAUUGACGAUUGGAUACAUAUUGGUUUGCUACAAACCAGAUUGGUUCAUGCAUACCUUCGGCCGAAACAAACAAAUAAGUAAAAGCACCUGAACUCGUUAGAGAGGCAUUUAGAACCUACCUGAAGAAUCUCGAAGAAGAAAAUCAAAGCAACCAGAAGAACUCCAAGAAAGUCAACUUACAACCUCUGCACAUGAAAAAAGUUUGAGGAGAAAGCAAUCAAACAAUGUCCAACUAUGGAUUGGUUUAGAUUUCUGUUAUUGUA